GAUUCCUUUAUUUAGAGGAAAUGUUCCGAGGUAUCAAGAGUCCCUUCAAAUAAAUCCAUCCAUCUAUUCUUCAUCUACAAUACAAGACUCUUCUUACUAUUGAUCAAUUGUUUUUCAUAUUAUACCCUUGAUUCUAAACUACAUCACAUAUAUCUAUAUCAUCAUAAACCAAACUCCCACAACCAUGGCUUCUAAACGUAAGUGACCUCCAUCACAUGCCUACCAGGAGGACAUGAUACCCAACGCCAACGUUGAAGAGGCCAUCCAACUGAUUGUAUUUCUCUGUAGAACAACUCCGCACGACCGUUACCGAUCUUCUUAAGAUCAACCAUCCUAUCAUCCUCGCUGGAAUGAACGUUGCCGCAGGACCAAAACUCGCAGCAGCAGUAACAAAUGCCGGUGGUCUUGGCGUUUUAGGGGGUAUUGGGUACACUCCUGAUAUGUUAAGAGAACAAAUUGCCGAACUCAAAUCAUUUUUGGAUGAUAAGAACGCUCCAUUUGGUGUUGACCUUUUACUCCCACAAGUUGGAGGUUCAGCGAGAAAGACAAAGUAAGCCUGAUCCCCCUUUACCUCUCCUUGCCACUACAUUCCCCUGCCAGAGCCUCUUCCUUCGAUUAUUAUACACUUGUUGACGUGUGUUUGCUUAGCUACGAUUAUACCAAGGGGAAAUUAGACGAACUCAUCACCAUCAUCAUCGACAGCGGUGCUAAACUUUUUGUUUCCGCCGUCGGCGUACCACCCAACCAUGUCGUUGAACGACUACACAAAGCUGGUAUUCUUUAUGCCAACAUGAUUGGACACCCAAAACAUGUUAAGAAAUGCCUCGACCUCGGUGUUGACAUCAUUUGUGCACAAGGUGGAGAGGGUGGUGGGCACACUGGAGAUGUCCCUACUACUAUCUUAAUCCCAGCGGUUGUCGAACUCUGCAAGGGAAAGACUAGUCCUAUGACUGGAAAGCCUGUUCAAGUUGUUGCUGCAGGAGGUAUCUUCAACGGAGCUACUGUUGCCGCAGCUUUGAUGCUGGGCGCCAGUGCUGUGUGGGUUGGUACUAGAUUCAUCUUGACUGAUGAGGCUGGUGCACCAAAGGCUCAUCAAGAGGCUGUUAGAACUGCUGGACAUGAUGAUAAUGUUCGAACAAUUAUCUUCACCGGUAGACCAUUACGAGUACGAAACAACAGUUAUAUUCAAAACUGGGAAGAAAACCGUGCUGCAGAGAUUAAGGAACUUACAUCUAAGGGUGUCAUUCCAGUCGAACACGAUUUCGAGACUCUUGGUGAUGAUAUUGACGAUGAAACUAUGGAUAACGCACGACCUUUCUUGAUGGGUAAAGCCGCUGCUGUUGUCAAUGAGAAGAAGAGUGCAAAGGCUGUUGUUGAUGAAUUGGUUAGCGAUGCAGUAGCAUGCAUCCACAAUGGAGAGAAAUUGACAGCGAAGUUGUAAAGUAUUAUAUCAAAUGAUUUAAUGGGUCACUGGGCGGAGUUGAUGAGGUUGAGAUUAUGAGGUGAUUUGCAUAGAGACAUGAUUAGAGUGGCUGAUGCGCUUAUGGGUGAGCUGAUGAGGACUACUCGGUCAGUUGUGUAUUCAUUCCUCCAUAGCAAUUGAGGAUGGCCAUGCGCUCUUGGACACACAGAGGAAUUGAAACCUCUGAGAAAUUGGAUAAUCUGGAGGUUAGAUUCUGAUAUAUCUAUUUGCAAUUACAAUAAAUACCAUGGAAUCAUA